AUGGACCUUUUUCAGUCCCUCUACCUCCCUUGUUUCAUUGCCAUUCUCAAAAUCAAAUCCUCCGCCCCAACGUAUCAAUUGAUGUCACUGAUCGCCGUUUUCGAUAUCACUGGUCUUAUCAAUGGCUCCCUUAUCAAUGGAUACAUCACCUAUCAAGGAAUUUUCUUCUGCCAAUACCCUCUUUUCUUUUUUAUCACCGGAAGCCUUGCACUUUUCAGUUGGCUCAGUAAUUGUAUAGUUUGCAUCUUCCUGGCAAUCGAACGAGUUUCUGAGGUCGAUUCUGAUUUUGCUUUAUCAUUUCUUUUUGGGAAAAAGGUGUUCCGUAUUCUCAAAUGGUGCAUCAUGUUCUAUUCAAUCAGUUCUCUGUUACUUGGAAAAUCAAUUGUAUUUAGCGCGGCUUAUGGCAGUUAUCUGUAUGAUCCAUUGAUUGGAAAAGAUCCAAAUCUCUAUAAAAACAAUUGGGUUGCUGGUAACAAUUUUAUUAUGGCGAUCUCAACAACAACCCUUUAUUUUUAUCUCUGCUAUUAUCUCCUAUUCAAAUAUCGCUAUUCCACAUCCAUGUGGCUGUAUAAGUCAAAGCGACAGAUAAUUCUCCAAGGAAUAUUCCUAUGCUUUUUUCACUCUGCCACUGCUCUCAUCUACGAAUAUUUAUACUUCCUAUCCUCUCCAAUAGAGCUCAUUAUCGCUGGACACGUGAUGUGGCAAAUCAGCUGUGGAUCCUUAAGUAUUGUGUACUUGACUCUAAAUCGAACAAUAAGAAAUUCGGUUCUCAAAAUGGUGAUUCCAAAAAGAAUGCGAGCAAAGUUUGGAUGGCACAUAGGAGUUGAAGAGCAUCAGGCAGUAGAGAGCGCUAUGGAUGCAUCUGGAUUCAAAGGGGUCGCUAUUGUCGGGGCGGUCGUGAAAAUUGAUAACUAUUUUCCGAGCUGA